AUGGCAUAUGACCCACGUCGUGUAAACACGGGGAGCACAACUCCCCAACCAACCACUCCUCCCCCUCCACAACCGGAGCCAAUCCCCGAAAUGGAAUCCCAGGAUACCCCCACAGACUCCUGGAAACUGAAGUUCUGCACGGUCUGCGCUUCCAACAACAACCGUUCAAUGGAAGCGCACCUGCGACUGUCCGCCGCCCCAUACCCCGUCAUCUCAUUUGGCACGGGUUCGCUAGUUCGACUCCCUGGCCCUUCCAUCACCCAGCCGAACGUGUACAGCUUUAACACUACCUCCUACAACCAGAUGUAUGAGGAGCUUCACGAAAAAGACGACCGGCUAUACCGCGGGAAUGGUAUCUUAAAUAUGCUGGACCGUAACCGAAACUUGAAGUGGGGCCCCGAGCGUUUCCAGGACUGGGUGCCGGGCAUGCCGCGUGUCGACCACGUUUCCAAGGGCGACAAGGGCGCCAUUGGUACGGAAGGUGGUGUCGUUGAUGUCAUCUUCACCUGCGAAGAGCGUUGCUGGGAUGCUGUCGUCGAUGACUUGAUGAACAAGGGCUCGCCGCUGAAUCGCCCUGUGCACGUCUUCAAUGUCGAUAUCAAGGAUAAUCAUGAAGAGGCUCUCGUUGGUGGAAGGGCUAUCCUCGAUCUUGCUAAUCGGCUUAAUGACGCUGCUGCUUCCCAACGGAAUCUGCAUGGCCCUGAUGGAUGGGAGAAUGGUGCUGGUGCGGCGCGCCAGGGAUUUGAUGAGAGAGUUCCUGAAAUUCUUGGCGAGUGGCAGGAGAGGCAUCCUAGUUUGCCGGCAUUAUGGACUCUGGCCUGGUUGUAA